CUUCAAGUAAUAAAUCAUACAAAAUUCAAACACUCUAAAUUUUUGCCAGGUUGUGCAUCAUCAAAAUAUAUUUAUGUUGGUUUUGUUGAGCAUAUAGCCACGAAAUCCCCACGGUCUUUACCACUUCUUCAGUUCUUCUUCUUCUUUAUAAAAUCCCUCUUCUUCCUUCUUCCAAUUCAAAUUCCAUAUUGCUUUUCAUUUCUCCAUGCAUUAAUAUUUGACCUAAUUUCUUCCAUUUCACAUAUGUCUGAUAAUAAUAAUAAUUCUCCCCUCCCCCCCGGUCGCCACCGCAUCUUCCGAGGAAUCCGUUCCCGUUCCGGCAAGUGGGUCUCUGAAAUUCGGGAGCCACGUAAGGCUACUCGUAUUUGGCUUGGAACUUACCCAACUCCUGAAAUGGCUGCCGCCGCCUACGACGUCGCCGCCCUUACUCUCAAAGGCCCUAAUGCUUCCCUUAAUUUCCCUCAUUCUCUUUUAUCUUAUCCCAUUCCUCCUUCAACUUCCCCUUCUGAUAUUCGCGCCGCCGCCGCCAUUGCUGCCGCCGCCAGAAACCCACAAGCUUCUCCUGCUACUACUUCCACUGCUACAACUACUGAUUCUUCAGGGACUGAAGCGAUCGAUGGAGGUGGGCCGUCCUCCCAUGCCACGGGGGAUUGUUCCGGCAAGUUUGUGGACGAGGAAGAGUUAUUGAACAUGCCGAAUUUACUGGUGGAUAUGGCGAAGGGAAUGCUGGUGAGUCCACCGAGGAUGAAGUCGCCGUCUUCCGAUGACAAUUCUCCCAACCAUUCUCAAGGAGAUGAUGGAUUAUGGAGUUACUCCAAAUAAUUACCAACAAAUUUUCUGAUUUAACAAAAAUUUGAAAAAAAAAGAGAGAGAGAGAGAGAGAGAGAGAACAGAGCAGGUGAAUCAUAUCAUAAUCCAAUCCCCUAAUUUUAAUUUAUAUUGGGUUUAUUAAAAGGGGGCUUUUUCCUUUUCUUUUUCUUAAUUAGCUUGCUUCCUGUUCUUAUGAUCAAACUUUUGGAUUAUUAAUUUCUAAGUAUGGUUAGAGAUCUUGGGAAUUGGAAGAUUUAAUUAAAAAGAAAAAAGAAAUUGAAAUGUGUAAUUAUUGGUGAGUCCAUACACUGCCUACUGCAGUUAAUGGAACUUAGCCCCAAAUCUGUCACACUCCAUCAAAUAUCUUUCUUCUCCCUCCACCAAUUUUCCCAUUUCUCAUUUCCUUCCCCUCCCGCCUUCCAAUAAUGUCCCUUCAUUUAUAUCGAUAUAUUCCUUUUCCAAAUCAAAAUCUUUCACUCUUAUUUCUUAAUCACUACCUGUAUGUGGUUUCUAACUAUGGAGAAGGGAGAAAUUUCUUAAUUUUCUCUUUAAUUCUAUAGUUUAAACGUCAUCAUCCUAUACUUUCAUUUUAUGUACAAUGAAUCUUCUUCCUCUUA